AUGAAGAUCACAAAGCACAUCCCGAAUUCUAUCCGUAUCGGCAGUGAACUUGUGACCUUUAGGUACAACGGACAGCCGAGGAUCUGUCACCGCUGUGGCAGUGACGAGCAUUUUGUCGCCGCUUGUACAGCCGUUAAGUGCACCCUCUGUUUUGAGAUUGGUCAUUUAGCCACCGAUUGUGACCAAGACAUCAAAUGUAACAUCUGUGGAGGGGAAGGUCACUCUGCAAGGUCGUGCCAACUAAGCUUUGCAAACAGGCUGAACGUCACCACUAGCUGGACCAAGAUCACCCCUACACAGCCGAACGACAAGAGUGUAAAGAAACCAGUUACACCUGGUGAAAACGAGUAUACCAGUCAGAGUUCAGUACAGGACAACACACCGACAGUCCCUAAGGUGGUGGUGAGUACGGCUGAGCCCCAAAACGGAGUGGUGAGUACGGCUGAGCCCCAAAACGGAGUGGUGAGUACGGCUGAGCCCCAAAACGGAGUGGUGAGUACGCCUGAGCCCGCAAACGGAGUGGUGAGUACGCCUGAGUCCCCAAACGGGGUGGUGAGUACGCCUGAGUCCCAAGACGGGGGUAAAGAGCCGCCAGGCGGUGAGCACGAUGACGACUCAGGGGAUAUCAGCGCCGAAUACGAAACAGACGAAGAGAGUAUCAACAAACGACCUCUCCCUUCAAGCCAGAGCGACUCCGAUGACUCGGACACCUCUGCAAGACGAACCGGAAAGGCAACUGGUAAAAAGAUAAAGAAAGACGCAGAUGCAAGUCCUAGCGAGUCUGAUGACUCGGACACCUCUGCAAGACGAAACGGCAGGGCAGUUGAAAAAAAGUCUAAAAAAGAUGCAGACGAGAAGGGGAAAACUAAAACGCUCCCUUCUCCUGGUAAAGCCUUGGUGUCUUACAAGACCAAAGUUGUCCCUUCAUCUUCCUUACGGAAGAAAGGUAGGAAGGGUCCUAAGUAA